CGUUGCUUUUCUGUUCAUUACUUAUUCCCAUUUUUAACCAGAAGAACGUAUAACUCUUAGUGAUCGCGUCAACAACCAUCAUGAAGGUUAUAUUGAUUUCGAUUUUGAUGUUCGUAGGAGUGCAAUUGGUCAAUGCUGAACGGGACAGCACUAAGGAUACGCCACUUGAUGUUGCGAUUCAGUGCAUAAAGGAACAUCAAUUGUUGGAAUUGUUUACCGAGGGCAUAAGACCGCCUCAUCGAACCGAAGAAAAUCUCAGAAUGCAACUACUGCUCGCGACUAAUGCUUGUAUCAUAAAUGAAAAAAGCGAAGACUGGUGCGAGGACCAAGUAGGUUUUAAUGUUUUACAAGGCGUAGAAGAAGAUGAAAACCCCGUGCAAGAGGCUGGUGGUCUUGUUGAGUGCACGAAAAAGAUGCGGGACUGUGGCAAGCGGUUUGUGGCCAAAAUAAAACUUCUAAACAAGCCAUAUGCCUUACCUGACAUGUCUGCCCAUAUAACUCAAGAAAUUGGAGAUGACUGAGUGAAAACCACGACCCAUAAAAAAUCUCAUUUAAUACCGGUUUUUU